GAAGAUGAGCCUGGGAUUUCUGUGUCUCUUUCUGGUUUUCAGCACAGCUUCGUGCAUAAGAAAAGAAAAUAAGAAAGAGAAGCAAGUGGCAGUGCUGGCUACUGCAGAGCUGCCUGCAAAGUCGCUGGACCUGGCUGCUAUUAACCUGACAGAGCUGGUGAAUGGGAUGCUGAGCUCUGCACUCAGAGGUACCAAGAAACUCUUCUCUUUGCUGAGUGUCACCUCUUACAGCUCGUUUGCCUUCCACAAAGUGUCAGUCACCAUUUACAACAUCUCUAACAUAAAAAAUAUUGACCCUGGCAAGUUCCCUAUGCACUACUGCUACUGUUUGAAUAAUGUGACAAAUGACUUGACAGAUUUUACAGCUCUACUUGUUGAUAUAAUUGGAAACACCACCAGUUAUCUCACAGAAAUUUUCAAAUCCACAUCUAUUCUCUCAGUGCGUCAAAGCAAUGACUCUGAUUGUAUCUACAUCUGUGUGAUGGCAGGGCAGACAGGGAAAAAUCUGUCUGAUUUUUUGGAAAUACUAGAAAAGUCUCCUGUUAUUAAUUACACAUUUUCCAGUAACACAUCAUCUGACCUAGACCUAGAUUCAAUGUUAUCAAGUUUUGUGAAACUGCAAGAAGACCCAAACAAGACACUGGAUUCAUCAGCAGAAUAUGUGUGGAGAUUUAAAUCUACCAGGACCCCUCUCACCCAGAAAGGGGGGGAAAUCCCCAGCACAGAGCUCCCACCAUGGCCAAGGACAGCUGCAGCCAAAGGGUUUCCAUCACCCCACGUGGAUGCUGCCAGGCCCCAAGGCACGGCCAGACCCGCUCGGAGCCCUGGGGGGAGCUUGGCCCCGUCUCCAGCCCUGCAGCCCAGCCCCAUUGCUGACAUGUCCAUGUCUUGGAUGCAGACUGUGUCUCCACAAGAAGCCACCAAACUGAUGCAAACAGAGCCAGAUUUGCCUUCCACAGUACUGUCUAUGCCACCUUCCUACCGACCUGGUGUGACACUGAAACUUUACUCAGCUACCAGGUGCCCGCAGGCGAUGCUCAGAGAGCCCCGUGUGACCUCACCUCCCGUCACUCUCGUAGUGCAGAAGAUCAAGCCCUGCGUGAUGGAGCUCUGUAGGUUCUUUCAGCUGUGCCUCUGUGUUGGUCAGAGAAGAUAUUCCAGAAAGGAAGCCAUGAGGUACUGUGUUGAAUACUAUUCCUGGUUUGUGAAAAAUGCAAGUUAUGUCUGUGAAAGGGUCAAAAGAGUUGCUUACUCCCACACAUUAAAGCAAAAAUGCCUUAAAAACAUCUGUACAUCAGUUUAGAGCACUGGGAAGUUUUACUGCAAGUUUGAAGACUGGUGGCAGUUUUAGUUUUCUUUUUGAUUUCUCAGUGUAAAAGUCAGAAAGCAACAGGUU